AUGUCCGAUCAACCAUCAGUCCCCACACAUCCCGUCGCUCCCAGAGUCAAGAAUGGUUCCAAGACACCCCACGUCGGGCCAGAUAUCGAUGCUUACAAGGCCCUUCACGCUGAAACAUUGGGCCACGAAUCAGAUAAGUGGUGGGGAACGAUGGCAAGAACUUUAUUGCACUGGGAUCGUCCGUUCCACACCGUAAGAUCAGGUGGAUUCGAAACUGGAGACAUCGUAUGGUUCCCUGAGGGCGGCUUGAAUGUGUCCUACAACUGCGUUGACCGCUGGGCGUUCAAGCACCCUAACAAAACGGCUGUCAUAUACGAAGCUGAUGAACCAGAAGAUGGGUGUCUCGUUACAUACGCAGAACUGCUUCGCGAGGUCUGUUCUAUCGCAAAUGUGCUCAAGAAGCUCGGCGUCAAAAAGGGUGAUACCGUUUCCAUCUAUCUGCCCAUGACAUGGCAAUCCGUUGCCGCCCUUCUCGCGUGUGCACGUAUCGGUGCGGUGCAUUCCGUCGUGUUUGCAGGUUUCAGCUCGGAAUCUCUCCGCGACCGAGUUCUCGAUUGCAAAUCUCGCGUCGUUCUGACAAGUGAUGAAGGUCGUAGAGGCGGCAAGUCGAUCGCCACCAAAGCGAUCGUAGAUGCCGCACUCAAGGAAUGUCCCAACGUAGAACACGUUAUCGUUCUCAGGCGUACCGGUAAUCAAGUCCCGUGGACAGAGGGGCGGGACAAAUGGUGGGACGAAGAAACAGCUAAGGUGCCCAGCUACUGCCCCCCUGAGAUCAUGUCGGCCGAGGAUCCUCUUUUCAUUCUCUACACAUCUGGUUCUACUGGGAAACCAAAGGGUGUCGUCCAUACCACCGGAGGAUACCUGCUUGGUGCAGCGAUGACAGUCAAAUAUGUCUUUGAUGUCCACCCAGAUGACAAGUUUGCGUGUAUGGCUGACAUCGGUUGGAUCACCGGUCACACUUACAUCGUAUACGGCCCACUUGCACUUGGAGUGUCCACCACUGUGUUCGAAUCAACUCCCGUAUACCCAACUCCUUCUCGAUACUGGCAAACCGUACAAAAGCACCAAAUUACCCAAUUCUACUCGGCACCCACCGCUAUCCGCCUGUUGCGCAGACUUGGCGCUCAUCAUGUUGAAGGUCACGACCUUAGCUCUCUCCGCGUGCUGGGCAGUGUCGGAGAACCGAUCAACCCUGAGGCUUGGCAUUGGUAUAAUGAACACGUUGGAAAGAAGGAAUGCGCAGUUGUAGACACGUUCUGGCAAACCGAAACUGGUUCUAUUGUUGUGACACCGUUCCCAGGUGCUAUCGAGACCAAACCCGGAUCAGCAACUGUCCCCUUCUUCGGUAUCGAGCCCGCUAUUCUGGACCCUACUACUGGAAAGGAACUGGAAGGAAACAAUGUCGAAGGUGUCCUUGUGAUCAAACGACCCUGGCCCUCGAUUGCUCGCACAGUAUACAAUGAUAAUAAUCGGUAUCUGGAAACGUACAUGAAGCCCUACCCUGGCUACUUUUACACUGGUGAUGGUGCCGCCCGUGACGAACAUGGUUAUAUAUGGAUCAAGGGUCGUGUUGAUGAUGUGAUCAAUGUGUCUGGACAUCGUUUGUCGACUGCAGAAAUUGAGUCGGCCUUGAUCUUGCACAAGGGUGUCGCUGAGGCUGCGGUGAUCGGCACCGCCGACGAACUGACAGGGCAAGCCGUGUUUGCUUUCGUCACCUUGAAACCAGAGUUCGCAUAUAACCCCAACGACGAAGCGUCGCUCUUAAAGGAACUCGUUCUCCAAGUCCGCAAAGUCAUUGGUCCUUUCGCUGCACCGAAGAAAGUGAUCAUCGUUCCUGAUCUUCCAAAAACUCGUUCCGGGAAGAUCAUGCGUCGUAUCAUGCGGAAGAUUGUCGCUGGCGAAGGAGAUCAGCUUGGUGAUCUUAGUACUAUUGCGGAGCCUGGUGUCGUCGAAGUCAUUAAAAAGAAGGUAGCGGCAUCAUUGUGAGAUGGGAUGAUCGCAUGUAGAUAUGGAGUCGGAUUCGU